GAAUCCAAAACCAUGACAUUCUCUUAUUUACAUUAAGGGUAAAGAAACAAGCACAUUGUGUUGUAGUAAUCCCUCAUUCAAUGCUUCACCAAACUCACCUUUCACUUUCACUCUUCAAUUCUCUCACUACUUCCUCCUCCUCUCUACCUUCUCUUCAUCCCUCUCAAGCUGAAACAAAAAUGGAGUGUGUGAAUGCAGAAACUGCUUUCUCGGAUUGUCAUGUCCAAAACAUAGCUCCUGUUGAUGAUUUCUCUGUCGAUGAUUUCCUCAACUUUUCCAACGAAGAAGAACAAGAACAAGAACAAGACAUUCUAGAAGAAAAACAACAACCUCAACAAGAACAAAACAUUCUAGAAGAAAAACAACAACAAAACCAUUUCCAUCAACAAAAUACCCAAAAUGAAAAUGAAAUUUCACACCCCAUAAUUACCAACCAGUUUGAAUCAUUACCUACAACCGAACUCACCGUUCCGGUAGAAGAAGCUGCAAACUUAGAAUGGUUAUCAUAUUUCGUUGAAGAUUCCUUCUCACAAUUCUCCAUGACAGAGAAUCAUCACCAUCUUCAACCAAAAGCUCCUGAACCAAACCCCACCUUUUCAACCCCCUCUUUCAAAACUCCGGUACCGGGGAAAGCAAGAAGCAAGAGAACAAGAACCGGAGUUCGUGUAUGGCCAGUUUCACUAGUUGAUUCAUCUUCAACCUCAAGCUCCACUGCUAUUUCUUCCUCUUCAUCCCACCUCGAGGAAUGUUCGAAGCCGCCGGAGAAAAAACCGAAGAGGAGGAUGGGUUCGCUGGACGGCGGCGAAGCGAGAGGUGUGCUGCGGCGGUGUAGUCAUUGUGGUGUUCAGAGAACUCCUCAGUGGCGAACCGGACCGGCUGGACCGAAAACGCUUUGUAAUGCUUGUGGGGUUCGGUAUAAGUCGGGUCGGUUGUUACCGGAGUAUAGACCCGCUUGUAGCCCCACUUUUUCGAGUGCAAUGCAUUCUAAUCAUCACCGGAAGGUUCUGGAGAUGCGGCGGAAGAAGGAGGUUGUUCCCGGUUCACCGGUUCAACCGGCUGCUCCCGGUUUAUGAUUAUUUUUAUUUAUUUUAUUCUCUUUUUUCUUUUAGUUAGAAAAAUAAACUAGGUUGCAGAACAAGUUAAAUUAAUUAGCCUUUUUUAGUAACUAUUAGGUGUUACAUUAUGUAGCUUAUUACAAUUUAGGUGACUUUGGUAUUUUGAAGAAUUAGAAAUUUUUAAUUUUCUUUUUUAUAGACAAAAUUUAAAAUUUUAUUUUGUCA